CAUCAUUUCAGAUAACGAAAAGGUACAGACAGAAGCCAUGAAGAAAGAGAAAGAACGACAGUGGUGGAUCGCAUUUAACGAAUGAGAUAUUUUCAUCAUCGCUAGGCUGGCGACCUAGGCUCGGAUAUUAACCGUCUCAGAGACGAGAAUGGUAUCCCAUCUCGCGUCGACAAGAGGUAAGGGGUCUCUCAGAUUCGUUUGGCACCUGCCACCAAUAAGCGGCAAACCUGGCAAGGGUGGGAAUGCGGACUGAUAUUCAUCUUUGACAUUACUUCUUGAUGCACAGCACAUCGUUCAUGCACCACAAGUUUGCAGUAGUUGACGACGCUUUGGUUAUCAACGGAUCCUACAACUGGACCAAGGGUGCUCGCUUCGACAACCGCGAGAACUUGACCCUGACUAAUGCUCCCAAGGCUGUCCAGGGAUUCAAGAGUGAGUUCGAGAAACUCUGGAAAGAGUUUGCCUAAAGCAGAGUUCUUGGAGGGCCAAACUCUUCUCUGUCAUUUCUCUCGAGCGCUGGCCCGCGUCUGUGCGCAGUGAUUGGGAUCGAUAGUGCCUGGAAAAUUGUGACUUAAAAUAGUAAUGCCAUUAGAUGAAUACCAAUAGUGUCUUUGUUCCAUAUACCGCUAAUAUUAAUGCCUUGGUAUUUGUCAAGAUCGAGCGGAUUAAAGGUCGUUACUAAGCUGCUAUGUAUAGAUGGAUUCUGAUCAUUUGAUGUAAUUGAAGAUCCUGGUUCAUGCUAAUGGACAACCUUCGUUGUAUACUCUAGUCAUAUGCAUCCGUCCAUAUUCAAAUUGGCUACUAUUACAU